CGCAUACGUCAUGUUCUAAUCUCGCGAGAUGUGCUCCGCGAGAUUGCAAAAUGUCAGUUGACCAUCGGUGAAUAUUAUCCACGGAACUCGCCAGAAAAACAAACAAAAAAACAUGUCCAGAUAUAUCCAAUAGUUGAGCGAGCUGUCUCGUUUAUAGGGCAGCAUGUGAAUCAUGCGCUAAAUGAUUUUCCCACAGCGUUUGCAGGAAUUAUACAAAGGAACCCGAGUCUUCUGAAAAGGCGUAAAACCAUGCUAGCCACGGCUGUGGUUAGGUUUGCUCAAUACAAUGGCAGUGUCACGUCUACACCACCGGAGAAUAUGUCGACAUUUUCCACCUGGCUACCUGAUUCCGAAGCCAACAUCAGCAAGCCUCACAAGUGUUUACAAAUUCUGUAUGAGGAUGUUGGUGACUCCAGGGUUCGUUUCUGGGACAUUCUUCUCCUCAUACCUAAUGUGGCCUUCUUUGUUUUCCUGAUGUGGAAGCUGCCUUCAGCCAGGGCAAAGAUUCGGAUCACAUCCAGCCCCAUCUUUAUCACCUUUUACCUACUGGUAUUUGUUGUAGCAGCAGUCGGAAUCACCCGGGCCAUUGUAUCAAUGACUGUUAGUGCAUCCAGCUCUGCUACCAUCAUCGACAAGGUAUUAUGGGAAAUCACCCGCUUCUUCUUACUGGCCAUUGAACUCAGUGUUGUCAUUCUGGGACUGGCUUUUGGUCACCUGGAGAGUAAUUCAAGUAUAAAGCGGGUGCUGGCUAUCACUGCUGUGCUUGCACUGGCAUAUUCCAUCACACAGGGCACUUUAGAGAUCCUAUACCCGGACAGUCACCUGUCCGCUGAGGACUUCAACAUCUACGGACAUGGAGGGCGACACUUCUGGUUGGCCAGCUCCUGCUUCUUCUUCUUGGUGUACUCUCUGAUUGUGAUCUUGCCUAAAACUCCAGUGAGGGAGAGGAUAUCUCUGCCAUCUAAGAAGAGUUUCUAUGUGUAUGCUGCCAUCCUGUCCUUAUUGAACUUCAUCCAGGGCCUGGGCAGUGCCCUUCUAUGUGCAGGAGUUGCAGAGGGACUGUGCUGUGUGGAUGUCACCACCUUCCUCUACUUCUCUGCUUUCGCGCCACUUAUCUACAUCACAUUCCUCAAAGGAUUUUUUGGCUCAGAACCCAAGAUCCUGUUCUCCUACAAGUCACAGGUGGACGAGGCAGAUGAAAGCGACGUCAACCUUCCACCGACUGUUGCGUCAACCCUUGGUCGCAGGGAGCCCACUGACCAGGGCCUGUAUUAUUCCUCCACCCAAUUUGACGGUGCCAGUCCCAGUAGUACAGGCAUGGUUGGAGCGUAUCUAGACGACAUUGCUUCUGGACCCUAUGGAUCCAGCAGCAUCAACAGCAUUGAAGCUGAUCGUCGGAGGCCCAUAAACGUCUAAUUCUGUCGUUGUGGUGGUGUCAUGCAUUUGGACUUAAAUGUCUGUAAAUGGUGUGAAGAGUCACAUGUAACUAUGGUCUUUCAAUGAGACCAGAGCAGUAUAGCAAUGGAUGAAGAUGUAAGGAGGGACAUUUUUCUAUCCAUUUAUUUUGAAGACCGUGACUGACAGACUUUUUUUGUUUUUGUUUAACACUGUUGCCAGUGUGCCCAGCUGCUGCAGCUCCUUGUUCAAGCUGACUUUUUCAGAUCUUCUUUCAUUCCGCUUUUCUUCAGCAAUUGCUUUGUCCUCAGUGAGGAAGAUUUCAUCAUUAAAACAGUGAAAAGUCAUAACAUUAUUUCAGAGACACUGAGUAUCAUUUGUACAUUCCCACUGAAAUGUUUCAGUAACUUUCUUUGCUUCCAUGUAUUGGUUGUAUGUCCUAAACUGUCAUGUCUCAAUAUACACAGCAGUGUUGUGUGCUUUUGUGACUGGUAUGGUUUUCCUUUUGAACUAAUUGCUGUUUUGUUAACAAAUGAAAGUGUUGUGUAUUGCUGUGUAAAAAGAAAGUGGAUUGAGAAUAACAUUUUCUGUGGUUCAAUUUAGAGCACCUUGACUGUCUACUGACAAACAACCAUGGUCUUAUCCUUUUUUGUUCUGUUUAUUGUGGGAUAUGGCAGUCCUACUCCUGGACACAUCGUCUAGGAAUCUAAUGAAAGUAUUGGUAUGAGUCAUUUUAACACCUUCAAGAGAUGAAGAGGAUCAUGGAUGGCUAAUCCAUGAUCCUCUUCAUCUGAGCUGGAAAUGGCUCAACUGCAGUUUUUUAGUCAAGAGCAAAAGCUGCCUCAUAUUUGUUUUUCACCUUUCAUUGAUGGUUGUGGGAGUGCUUGGAAAUCCAUUGGAAUAGAUGUGAAAGGAUCUAUGAAUUAAAACUACAAAGUGUU